AUGGUUCCAGAACGUGCGGAAGGUGCGGAUGGCGAUGGAGAGAAGAGAAUGGAGACAACUGGUGCAGACAAGGAGGAGAGUGAUGGGGAGGAUGGAGACACGGACGAGGAGACAUGUGAGGUUGAUCACUUGGACAAUGGAGACAGCGUGCAACUACCAGACCUGGAGGGACUCCCCAGCUCUUGCUUAACAUGUGAGGUUGACUACUUGGAGAGUGGAGACAGCGUCCAAGUACCAGACCUGGAGGGACCCAACCCCACAACCCCUCACUACGUCGCCAUGGAGCAUCCUCCUGCUGCCGACUCCUCCUCCUCUUCCUCCUCCGCGCUCAGCCUCCUCGGCCGCUCCUCCAACACGUGGGCCCCACGCUUUGCUGGCCACCAGACGUGGCGACAGCGCGCUGACUCGUUCCGAGCUGGCAGGGCUGAUUGGCCGCCAGAAGCGCAGGUGCACUGCGGCUUUGUGCAGUCGCCACCCGGCUGGCCGGGGACAGGGUUUGAUAUCUCCAAGGCGGACCAGAUGUACUUGGAGCAGUGCCGCAUUGCUGUGGUUUCGGCUAUCUUUGCCGACUGGGACCACCUCAGGCUGCCUCAGCGCUCCAAGAUCUCCGUGACAGCCAAGCGCAAGGCGUGUUUUGUGAUAUUCGUGGACGAGCAGACAGUGAGGGGGCUGUACAGGGACAACCUCAUUCCCGAUGCCAACGGCAAGGUGGGGCUGUGGCGCGUGGUCGUGGUGGCCCAUCCGCCCUACUCUGACGCGCGUCGCACGGGGAAGAUUCCCAAGUUGCUCACUCACCGCCUCUUCCCCAACGCCAAGUAUUCCAUGUGGAUUGACAGCAAGCUGCGGCUCUUUGUGGAUCCGCUAACCAUCCUGGAGCGGUUCCUGUGGCGGGGAGGUUUUGAGUAUGCCAUCUCCAACCACUACGACCGACACUGCGUGUGGGAAGAGGUGGAGCGCAACAAGAAGCUGAGCAAGUACAAUGCGACGGUCAUUGACGAGCAGUUUGAGGCGUACAAGGCUGAUGGGCUCACCAUGUUCAACCCCACCGACCCCAACAACCUGCUCAUCAGCAACGUGCCGGAGGGGUCAGUGAUCAUAAGGGCGCACACAGCUGCCGCCAACCUGUUCUCGUGCCUCUGGUUCAACGAGGUGGACCGCUUCACCUCCCGCGACCAGCUCUCCUUCGCCUACACGUACCACAAGAUGGCCCGCACCUCUCACCCGCUGAGGCUCAACAUGUUCAAGGACUGCGAGCGUCGGUCGUUUGUGAAGCUCUUUCACCACAAGGCUGAGGAGGCAGCACUCAAGCUGGAGCGAGGCAGGGCUAGGUAG